AUGUGCAGAAUGACCGUAUCACCCCCUCCCGUCACUCUGAGCAAAGAAACCAAAGCAGUGAAGAUGAGUGUCAGGUUUGCAAAGACAGUGGAAACCAUUCUAGUUGACCGCCAGGAUUCAUUGGUCCUCAAAGAAGACCUGUACUACAGUGCCGCUGACUUUCGAAGAUUCCGCAAGGACGCUGCUGCUGCCGAGUGUCUCUUGAGCCAUGAUGACAGCCUUCAGCUUCAUGCCAUUCGCAACGUAAUAUCCCGUGGCAGUAGCUCUUUAUCUCCCCCUCCUCCUACCAAGCGACGCCAGCGCAGAUCACGGACACGGCAGCUUCCAGAAAUUCGCUGCACCAAUAGUGAGCUUGACAUGGACGGACAAGAGACUGUCACUCCAGCACCAACAAUGCCCGCUGGGGGACGCUGGGGGACAGGGGUAAAAGAGCAAGCCUCUCUCCAGAGAAUGAGAGGUUGCGCCAGAAGAAGACCCUCCAUGACUGUUGCCAACACGGCAUGA